ACAUAUCUCACAGCAAAAUACACUAGUCUGCAGAAGUUUGCUGCUGCACCGAAAAGACAGUUCGAGUCAUUAAGUCCAGAAGUUAUCAAACCUUCCCUGCGCAUAAAUUAUGAAGACUUCACAGAAACAAGUUAUUGGAAUUCCAAUCAGAACAGCAUCAUAUGCAGUUGAGAAGAUGCCGAGACUGUUACUUGAAAAUGCUGAGCAGCGCUAUAUUCCAAGUCCUGCAAAUAAAGCUCUCGCAUGCAAGCAAAAUAAAAUAGAUUCGAUGCUUAAAAGGAUGAACAAGCUAGGGAAAAAAGCUGACAAAUUUGCUCAUGGAAUCCGAGAGCAUAUGAGGCUGGGGACCAAGAUCACUGAAACUCUUGUAGGGAAGCUGAGCUUGGGGGCUAGGAUCCUUCAAGUAGGAGGGGUGAAGAAAGUUUUUAGGCAGUUAUUUAGUGUUAGUGAAGGAGAAAGAUUGUUGAGAGUUUGUCAAUGUUAUUUGUCAACCACAGCUAGUCCUAUUGCAGGCCUCCUCUUUAUCUCUACUGAAAAGCUUGCCUUCUGCAGUGAGAGAUCAAUUAAGUUGUCUUCUCCAGAAGGAAAAUUGGUCAGAAUUCAUUAUAAGGUAGUUGUCCCAUUAAGAAAGAUAAAGACAGCCAACCAGAGUGAGAAUGCGAAGAAGCCAUCAGAGAAGUACAUAGAAAUAGUUACUGUAGAUGAUUUUGAUUUCUGGUUUAUGGGUUUCUUCAGCUACCAGAAAGCUUUCAAGUCUCUUCAGCAGGCAAUAACGCAAACUAAGACGAAUACAAGUCAUUCAGCUCCUCAUUUGUAAUCAAAAUAUAGGUUUUUCUUUGCACUUUCAGAAGUGGCAGCCAUGAUGGAAGGAAUCUCUCAGCUAAUAACUGGUAUAUUGUUCUCCCUCUUAGAGCAAGAGCUUGUUGAUUGAAACAUCAAAGGUGAAAAUCAAGGCUGUAAUGGUGUUUUGAUUGAUUAGGCUUUUAAAUUCGUUGACAAAAAAAAUGGCCUAACUGCUGAGGCCAACUACCCAUACAAGGGAACGGAUAGCACUUGCCACGCCAUCAUGGAAGCUAGCCAUGCAGCAAAGAUAACCCGGUUUGAAGAUGUGACUGCAAACGGUGAAGCUGCAUUGUGAAGGCUUUUGCUAAACAACAAGUUUCCGUUUCCAUUCAUGCUGGGGGAUUUUGAGUGCCAAUUCUACUUAAGUGGCAUCUUUACUGAGAACGUGGCACUCAACUUGACCAUGGUGUUACAGUCGUUGGUCAUGGAGUUAGCGAGCGAAUAAGGUAUUUGUUGCUGAUGAACUCGUGGGGUGUAAAAUAGGCGGAUAGGGAUACAUCCGAAUGCAGUGUGAUGUAUCUGCCAGGGAAGGACUUCGUGGCAUGGCCAUACAAGCCUCUUACCCUACUUCCUGAAGUUUCCAUAUCUCAAAACAUGCCAUCACCUGCUGUUGGUUAUUUCUAUCACCUAUCAAACGUGUAUGCUUGUUUUCCACAUUUUCUUCUUUUUUUGCACAAUAUCCCAGGAAGAACUCAUAAUAGCAUCUCAAACGAGUCUGUAAUUCUGUAAAUGGUGUCUAUUUAUGUUAUAAUAUAACUUUCUCGUAUUGUUCCAGAAA